CGCGGUGGAGCACGCGCGAGCGAUUUCGAUGCGGACGCACGCGCGCGCCGUCGCCGCGGUGAAGGUGACGACGACGACGACGACGAGAGCAUCGCACGCGCGCGCGAAUCGAUGCCGACGAUCGACGAUCGACGCGCGCGCGCGACGCGCGAGGACGACGACGACGACGACGACGACGCGGGCGAGCGCGCAAGAGCAAGAUGCCACCGAGGACGCCCCGGACGUGGAGAACUGCGUCAUCAUCGGGUCUGGACCGGCUGGAUACACCGCCGCGAUCUACGCGGGACGCGCGAACUUACGUCCAUUGAUGUUUGAGGGGUUUCAAGCCGGAGGCGUGCCGGGAGGACAACUCAUGACGACGACAGAGGUGGAAAACUUUCCAGGUUUCCCCGAAGGCGUGACGGGGCCCGACUUGAUGGACAAGAUGCGCAAACAAGCGGAGCGAUGGGGGGCUGUGAUGCACACGGAGGACGUGGUGACGGUAGAUUUUACUUCUCGCCCGUUCACGGUGUCGUCGUCCGAUCGAACGGUGAAGGCGAAUAGCGUGAUCGUCGCCACGGGGGCGACGGCGAAACGACUCGGAAUUCCCGCCGAGGCGACGCUGUGGAGCCGAGGGAUCAGCGCAUGCGCGAUUUGCGAUGGGGCGAGCCCGAUUUUUAAGGGCGAAGAAGUCGCGGUGGUCGGAGGAGGUGACACCGCCACGGAAGAAGCGGUGUACUUGACAAAGUACGCCAAGCACGUGCACUUACUCGUGCGCGGGUCGACGAUGCGCGCCAGCAAGGCUAUGCAGGAUAGGGUGCUUCAACACAAGGCAAUCACCGUACAUUACAACACGGAAUGCGUGGACGGAUCGCCGAACAGCAAGGGAAACUUGGGGGCGCUCAAGCUUCGCGACACGAAUAACGGAGAUGAGCGUCAGCUCAAGGUGAAGGGGUUGUUUUACGGCAUCGGACACACGCCGAACAGCAAAAUUUUUGGCAACCAAAUCGAACUUGACGAAGCGGGGUACGUCGUCGUGCGAGAGGGUACCAGGACGUCCAUUGAGGGUGUGUUCUCGGCCGGUGAUCUUCACGAUCAAGAGUUCCGGCAAGCCAUCACGGCUGCGGGAUCCGGAUGCAUGGCUGCCAUCUCCGUCGAGCGUUACUUGACGGAGAAGAACCUCCUCGUUGAGCACCACCAAACGAAGCAGCGCAAGAGCGUCGAACGAGAGGAGUCUGUUUCGGAAGAAGAGCGAGCGAUCCAGGGAGAGGAUGAAGACUCAUUCGAUAUCAAUGUCACGAAGCACUACGGUCAGUAUGCCCUCAGAAAGCUUUACCAUGAGUCAGACCGCGUGGUCAUGGUCAUGUACUCGGCGCCCACUUGCGGCCCAUGUCGACGCUUGAAGCCGAUGUUGGACAAGGUCAUCGCGGAGUACGGAGACAAGGUGCACUAUGUUGAGAUAGAUAUCGCUGCUGAUCCUGAAAUUGCGGAAGCCGCGGGUGUGACUGGGACGCCUAUGACGCAAAUUUUCUACCAAAAAGAGCGCAUAGAAGUCUUGAGCGGUGUGAAAAUGAAGAGCGAGUACCGUCGCGUCAUCGACGGCGCCUUGGGCGCGAGUGCGACGAAGGAGGUGACCAUGCCUGCGGCGCAAGCGGGUGAAAAGAAGGAGAGCCCAGUGGAGACCAGUAGAUAAUUCGUUUACUCAUCAUUUACUCACCAUUUCGUUAACUACUUACAGUUG